CGCCUCUCCCCUCAGAAUCCUCCUCCAUCUCUUUCUCUCUUUCCCUCAAACCCUCCGCCGUAUCUCUUUCUUUCUCUCUCAUUUUCUCACCUCUUCCACCAUUGUCACUGGUUAUUCCACUAUCUCUCUGCAAAUCCACAUAUCUUCUAAUAAAGAUUCAUCUUUUUUGAAGAACCCUUCAAAAAUCAAAUCAAUCAAGAUGAUGCAAGAUAUGUGGAACGCUCCGCCAGGGUUCAGACCCACCAAAUCGGCGCCGUCAUCGCCAUUAAAGCCUCUGGGUGCUGGGGUAUUGAGGACUCGGUCUGAGUCGUUUAAUUUGAAUCCAACUCGAUCCGAGUCAAUGAUUUCAAACUUGACUCGGUCUGACUCGUUGAACUCGAACUCAACUCGGUCUGAAUCUUUCCAUGUUACCCAUAAGGUCCCAGUCGGCGAUUCUCCUUAUGUCAGAGCGAAAAACGUUCAAUUGGUAGAGAAGGAUCCGGAGAGGGCGAUUCCGUUGUUUUGGGCAGCCAUUAACGCCGGAGAUAGAGUGGAUAGUGCUCUGAAAGACAUGGCGAUUGUUAUGAAACAACAGAAUCGAGCAGAAGAAGCCAUCGAAGCUAUUAAGUCGUUGCGAAGAAGAUGCUCAGAUCAUGCUCAAGAGUCUCUCGAUAACAUCCUUUUGGAUCUCUACAAGAGAUGCGGAAGAUUGGAUGACCAAAUCGGAUUAUUAAGACACAAAUUGUUCUUAAUCCAACAAGGAAUGGCAUUCAAUGGGAAACGAACCAAAACCGCAAGAUCUCAAGGGAAGAAAUUCCAAGUGUCAGUCGAACAAGAGGCAACUCGACUACUCGGGAAUUUGGGGUGGGCGUUGAUGCAACAGAACAACUACAUUGAAGCAGAAGAUGCAUACAGGAGAGCUUUAGUGAUAGCGCCUGACAACAACAAGAUGUGUAAUUUAGGGAUUUGUUUGAUGAAACAAGGGAGGCUCGGAGAAGCUAAGGAUACUUUAAGGUUAGUGAAACCUGCGGUGGUGGAUGGGCCACGUGGGGUGGAUUCACAUCUGAAAGCAUACGAAAGAGCUCAACAGAUGUUACCACUUUGGCAACCUCAACCUUGCAAAGAACAUUUAUCUUCUGUACCUGUUUCGAAUAAAAAAACCGAAGAUGGUUUUGGUGAUGAGAAUAAAAAACCGGUGGUGGUGGUGGGCCCACCUGGGAAUCUCAAUCCUAAUUCCAAUUCUAAUUCCAAUUCGAAUUCUAAUUCACUGAAUAUCGAUGCUAAGCCUUUUUACGUGAAAACCGGUGAAAAUGCGGCGGAGGGGCUAAAAAGAACGAGGUCAGUGAACGGAGAAAAAGACGCCGGAGAAAUGGAGGUGAAGGCGAGAAGGAAAUCAGGGUCGCCGGAGAAAAACGACUGGAGUGGGCUUUUGCCGGAUAGUAAGGAUUUUGAGGAGGCGAUUCUUGCGGCGGUUUUGGGUUCCACGACGACGACGACUGAACCGGAGAAGAUGAAGAUUGAGACAGGAAAGGUUGUUGGGAGGAAGAUUGAGAAGAGGUUGAAGGUUUUUCAAGAUAUUACUUCGACUCUUAGUCCAAGAGCUUAA